GGCUGUGGACGAUGGUGACUUGGUUUACAGAGAGCGCACGCUGCAAAUGGACCCAUCUAAUGGCCAAAGCUCCUCCUCUGCGGGCUUCAUCAUCAAGGACGUCACCUCGCUGCAGGACUCUGCCUGCCAGACGCUCACCAACCUCUCGGGCCGCUAUCCCCGUGCACGCCGAUCAGCCCCACCACGACGCCGCCCCAAAGCCACCAUCACCACCGCCACAACCACCACCACCGCCUCCUCCUCCGCCACCACCUCCUCCUCCUUUACCUCCUCCGCCCCAGCAUCAUCGUCAACGACAUCGGGACCCUUCUCUCCUCGCAGCAACACCGCUCUGCGUCCGAUCGCCAAACGUUGCGCGCCCGUGCCAACGCACGCAUCAACGUCAGCGCCAGCUGCCACAAACUACCGGACGCCCGUGGCCUCUGUGCCCAAGUACAGGCCCAUCAGGCCCAGGCCGAUGGAUCCGUCGAGGGAACGUUCGCGCCCAUUUGACGCUGCUGCUGCCGCCGCCGCUGCAGCCGCCACCAUCGCUAACGUCGCAGCCGGCCCAGCCCUCGCAGAGCAAGGCUCGCACCGCUACCAGGCGGUCGCCGCUAACUGCCAGAGCGCUGCGGGGACCCGGGCACCCCUGAACCUCCGCGCAUUCCUGCAGAGGCGCGCGCCACACCUCUUUGAAGCGUGCCAGAGCACAGGCAUGUUAUCGCAGUCCUCGAGGAAGGAAUUGGUCAAAUUGGCCGUUUCCCACCUGGUCGAACGGCACGGCUUGUACGUAUUCCUGAGCAGUUCGACAGUGUCGCGGUGUGGUGAGGUGUUGUCUCCCAAUCAGACGGACGGACAGAUGUGCAUACAGAUAUACAUACAGAUAUACAGACAGACAAACAGGCAGGCAGAGUUAGAGAAAGGCAAGAACGCUGGCAGGAUUGACCAGACACGUAUGCAGACAUGCGGGCAUGCAGGCAGUCACACAGGCAAAAAGACAGACAUACAGGCAGACUAGCAGGCAGGCAAGCAGAGAGGCAGACGGGCAGAAGAGAAAACAGGCUGACGAAAGGUAGGCACACAAGUAGAUUGGCAUGCAGGUGUAUAUAUAGAGACCUAUGGUCCAGCAUACAGACAAGACACACACACACAGACACAUAGAAAGAACAGGUAGACUGUCACAGGCACACUGAUUGGCAGGCAUAGAGGCAGAUGGCCAGAUAGAUUGCUAGACAUACGGACAUACGCUAGGCUGUUGCUACGUAGAUAUACUCAUUGUUCGGGAGAAACUGUUGUGUUUCUGUGUUUGUUACGUGUGUGUCCCCUCGUGUACUGUGGCAACCUUAAUGGUUGCUCACACCAUUUUAAAGUGAGGUUUGUGAGCCUGAAGAAGUCCUUGUCUUGGCGUAUGUGCAGUUAGUGUGCAUGCGUUUGUGAGGAGUGGUGAUGUAGUGGUUCGUGCACAGCACUGCAAACCUGUAGACAGGCGUUCGAUGCCCAGCCAUGGAUGACAUCAGUGGCAAGUGGAAUCUGAACCUGUUCUGGGCCUCCCCUAGGUGAACUUGGCGUUAAAUAAGUAGCUGGUGCGGUGUGUAAACUUUAGCACUCAAGAGACAAAGACAGCGAGGCAUGACACUGGUCACCGACCUUAAUGUACGCGAUAUGACCUAAAUAGGUACUCGCUAACGGCAUUUGACCACUCAACUAAUAAGGCUAUAUAGUGAUCUUUAUGCAGUAUAUAACUAUGUGCAUGUGUUUAUAUAUGUGCGGUUAUAUGUGCGAAAGCGUGUUGUACGUGUGCAUCUUUAUUGUGUAUGUGUAGUCCUGGGCGGUAACCGGUUAGCGUAAUCCGAUUACCAAAGACCAGCACCAGUAGUCCUAUAGUAUUACCAAAUAUAGAUAUGUAGACAAUGUCUCAUAAAGCUGUCUCCACUUAAAUAUAAGUAAUGUUUACACAACCCAUAGGUCCCACAGGCUUCUGGAAGUGAAUGAUUUUCAGCAGCGUUGAUUCAUUGUAAGCAAAACUGUGGACCAGUUUUACUAUACGUGUUUACAGAGACAAUGUAUGUCUCUGUACACACUGAGCAUAGUGCUGUCAUUUAUUAAUUUAAAUCAGCCUAGCAUGCGUUGAUGUAAAGAUGCGUGGAUAGCCAUUUGUUAUUCCGCUGCAGGAUUUGGGCCUCCCCACACUGUCCUUCCCAUAACAUAGUCCCACAGCCUAUAGUCACCUGCUUUGCACAGUGGUGAACCAUCCCAAGCACUAUCCAGGCUCAAGCCUGCUUUGAUCUGGCAAGAUCGGGCGUGUUCCGAGUUGAUUUUGCAUUAGGCUGAUUUACAUGAAGUAAUUUUAAACAUAGGCAAGUAAUUCGGUUAUGUUACUUUUAAAACUACAGAUAUGGAGUUGUAUUACGAUACUUCUAAAAUGCUAUAAUCAGCAAGAAGGGACAAAUUACCUAUGAGGUUAAACUCCCCUUAACAUUGGCUUAAGUCCAUGCUUAGUAAGAUAAAUUAAAAACUUUCCAGCGUGCGGCUGUGGUCAUCCAGAACAGACCGUACAACAUGUAACAACGCAAUGCCCAGUCCACAAAUAGCGAUCCACUCCGCUACUAUUGACCUGAUUAUCUGGCUUAACCACCUGAAUGUAAAAUUGUAGUUGUUGCUCUGCAUCUUCAUCGGCCAUACGAAAGAAGAAGAAGUAGUAAUACAUUGCAUUUUUUAAGCAGGGAAUUGUGGGAUGAAAGUCUUUGGAAUCGAUGUCCGGCCUGCAUAACUUUACAGGAAGAACAGGAUGGAUACGGUAUUUGUUUAAUUUAUUAUAAGAAAGCCGCAUUAGUUUAUUGUAUGGUUUGAAGCAUAGCUAGCUACUACGCUUGUUGCAAUUCAAUUUCAAUUCAAUGCGUGGUCAUUUAUUGACACAUUUUAGUCUAAUUUAUCGACACAUUUUAAUCUAAUUGAAAGGUCUACUUUUCAUAAUUUGAAUGGUUUAUUCUAUCUAGUUAUGUGUCCCCUUGGUUCAGUUAGUCUAGGUGUACAUUACAAACAUGUCCAAAUUGAUACAUGUGUUAUGAAAACCUGAGCUCGAAUACAAGUUUCAGCCGCCCGUGAUCGAACCGGAUUCUCAAGUGUAGGGAAUUGAUGGUCUUAGUCCAGUCGCUGACA